GCAGGGAGCAGACGAUAUUUGUCAACGCUGAGGCCGCCUUAUUUGGAAACCUGUCCGACCGGUCGGCUCAUGGUAGGACCUAAAUAGCAUAGUAAGUCGCUAGCGCUUCGAUGAUACGCAUUGCUUCACACCGAUCUCGGGGACAGUCGCGGCUAGGACAUGUAGACAACAUGGCUGCCACCAGUGACACACCUUCAACCGUGUCCCCAGAAUGGGAGACGGAUUCAGUGACUUUGAAGGAGUUUUCGUCCAAGAAAACCUUCCCCACAUACGCCAAGAUAGUGAAGGGUUCCUAUAUGAAUAUAGGGUCGUCCAAAUUCUCGCUACAGCGUCAGCAUCAAGAGGUUUUCAUUCACUCAAUCAAAAUGGGGGUGAAGGUGCUAGCUCAUUGUGUACGUCGGAUAGAUACUACCCAGACGAGAAGAGGCUUUCCUUGUACCCGGCUACAGACUCUAGACCAACGAUUAGCUAUCCCUGUGUCGUACCAAGGAUGGUUUGAACUUCUUUCCGAGGAUGGGAAAUCAGCUAAACCUUAUACCAGUGUACCCGAGCUGGCUAAGACGUUUCCAGAGAAGUGUUUAGUACGAGAGAACGUGAAAGCAUAUUUGGCAAGCUCGGAAGGGAAACAUACGUUUGAUAAAACCCGUAUUGUGCCUGCUGGGGAACAACUGACGUUGUGUGGGGAGGUGUCGCUCCCAUCGCCAGCUCAUAACAAACGUGUGAAGCUGCUCAAAUGUACGGACUCAAAAGGUGAGAGUUUAUAUCUCAGUUUUGAUCAAAAGGGAAUAUUCACCCCGAUCGCUGGGCCGGACGAGUUCACCGGCGUGUUUACAAUUCGAGAUAUCAUACGGAGGUUUCGUCUACCGUUGACUGUGAAACUUAUUCAGGGGGUGAAACCAAAGGUUGAUUCCUCACGAUUCACCGGAUUAAUACGUCUGGACUGGGUGUAUACCGACGAAACAGCUUUCGUUUGUCCUUUGGAAAAGACACAUGUACGUAUGUUACCAGUGCCUACAGACAUAAACCUAAUGAUAUCCAAGGCCAAAAAUCAAUCUGAUAUCAAGGAUACUGAAGCAUUUAGGACUUUGUUGACAAAAUGUAACCGCAUGGUGUCCAACUACAACAAUACUAUUCAUCUGAUCGUGUCACUUCCGGAUUCGGUAGUAAAGAACAAAAACCGUUCCAGUUCAAAUGUUUUCUCGGUUCCUCAACGAUUUGACAACAAGGAAACUAGGUCAAGUUUGAGGAGAUCAAAGAGCAAAGAGGAUAUGUUAAUGGACGAAAUUGACGAUCUUUAUCAGUUUGUCAGGGAUGGUGGACCAGCUCCGAAAUCCAAGUUUACUUAUGAUUCAGACGAGGAAAGCUACUGGGAGGAACCAGCUUAUGAACCUAUUGACCAGUUCCGUGCAAGGCUUAUGGCUCUAGAAGCUGGCAAACCGUUCACCCACCAUGAAAAAUACAAACCAACAGAUCCAGCCAAACUUCAUCUUGACAACGACCCCGACGUUGGUGCAAGUGGUGGACCUAUAUAUGGUCAGCUUACAAAUGGGGGCUCAGACAGUUCGUCCACCCCGUCCGCUCCUCCUCCUUUGCCUAGAAGAUCUCUGUCUGCCGCUGUGGAGGGAGUCGAAGUGGAUCAGAAGAAGGGAUCUCCCCCUCCCUUACCCCCAAGACAAUAUGUAAGAUCUAACUCUAUAUCCGUCGUCCAUUCAGCUUCUUCUGCUGGUGUCUCUCAAGCAGCAAGAAGUGGAAGUAGUGCAGAGAAGAGCAAAAAGCAAUCCAAAAUGAAGAAAUCACCUUCCAAAGACUCAAAGGACUCCAACAGCAGUAGCAGUGGUGGUCACAGGAAAAGCCUUGGGAGGGACUUUCGUGAUUCAGAUAUCAGUUCUCGAACCAGAGGUUCUUCUGGAGAGCAAGGACAUACUAAGAAUAUGAGAAAACGUAUGCAAACAUUGUAUCUGUAAUCGUGAACCAGAUAUCCAGUGGUAUAUAAGAUACAAGUGAUCCAAUUCAUAUAUUAUUAGUGAGGGAGUUGGGGGUGUAUUUCAGGAUACGUUUUGUUUGUCUAUAUAAUUUUAGAAAAAAAUAUCUUCAACUAAACAGUGAAAUUAUCAAAUGACUGAAAUGGCACAAAACAAUAUUAUGUUCUUAAUACUCAUAAUUAAUGACACAGUUUUCCUGGCAAAAUCAGGAUGUUAAUCAAUCUUAGUUUCUCGGGAAUUUGAAUAUGAAAAAUCUGUGGUAUUCAUAAAUGCUGGGUACCUUUUUAAUCAACUGACAUCAACUGAGCAGUAACAUGACAAGACUGUAUCCACUGCUAUGCAAACACUUGCGUGUAUCGUCGCGUUUAUUGCUUUAAAAUAUUGUGUAAAAAACACAAUAUGGAUAUACACAAACAUCUGUGAUGGCUCGAGAGACAGCUGUGAAUACUUAAGAGCAUCCAUGCUAUAUGUGCAUGAUUGUUUUACGAACUGUAUGGAUGGACACGGACCUAGGAGAUAACCCGUGACACCACCAACGGUGAACCGAAUAUUGCAAUAGGCAUACGUGAGCCUUAUUUCUGUGAUAUGUGUAGAAUGACGAAUGUUUGUGUGUGGUUUCGUCUUCCAGGGGUCAUAUCAUGGCCAGUGUUGUCUGCGUCUGAUACGAAGAGCUGUAGCUCACCUGAUUAUUUAUAUAUUCACCUAAAGGUCCCUCUACAGUCACUCGAUUGUCGGGUAGGACUGUCGAAUCGAACUGAAUGUGUUUUAAAGCUGACAAGCGAUUUGAGCGUUGUUGCUUGGAUAACAAUAUGUUUUAUGGCAUGUGUUAUACCUACCCAGCAUUGGAUUGAAGGUUCAUGGGCUUGUGUUUUGACGAUGUCAUGGCAUUUUUGUUUUUCGUUAGAGUCAUAUUUAUGCAACGAAAAAUUGAGAUAAAAGAAAUAUAUCAAA